GUUUCUUCCGUCCAAGAUCGUCUUUGCUGGCCUAGAAGUGAACAAUCACGAAUCUCAGCUCUUGCUUCUCGCAAUAUUUGCAUCUUGAAAGUCAGCCACGAGCACCAACAAAUCGAGCUGCUGUCUUUGGCCGUCUUUCAGUCGCUUGCGACUUGCGCUUAUUGACAGCCUUGGCAACAAACCCUCUUAGACUUCUUUCUCAGGCGAUCCUGUGACUCGCUUCAUCUUGCGACCUUUGCCCGGCUCGCAGGACUGGCCCUCGACCGAUCAGGCGGAUACGCAAAAGGUAUCUAGCCAGUCUCACCACCAUGGCAUCCAUGGCGCCCAUCACAGCGCCCACGGGCACAAGCACGCAAGCGCUGGAGCGCAUCGGGGCGCACAGUCAUAUUCGAGGGUUGGGUCUGGACGAUCAGCUGCAGCCCAAACCUGCUGCGCAGGGACUGGUGGGACAAUCCGCUGCUAGGAGAGCUGCGGGAGUGGUUGUCAAGCUGGUCAAUGAUGGGCGCAUCGCUGGUAGAGCCGUUAUACUUGCUGGUCCUCCGGGCACGGGAAAGACGGCCAUCGCUAUGGGGGUUUCUCGCGAGUUGUCGGAAGACUUGCCGUUCGUGUCUCUGAGUGCAUCGGAGGUGUUCUCCCUCGAGAUGUCCAAGACCGAAGCGCUCACACAAGCUUUUAGACGGGCCAUUGGGGUGCGCAUCAAAGAGGAAAAGGAGGUGGUCGAGGGUGAGGUGGUGGAGAUCAUCGUGGACAGAAGCUUGACUGGCGCCACCAAGACGGGCAAAUUGACAGUCAAGACGACGGAUAUGGAGACGGUGUACGAUCUAGGUCAAAAGAUGAUAGACUCGCUGCAGCGAGAAAAGGUGUCUGCAGGAGAUGUGAUUGCUAUCGACAAGGCGAGCGGACGCAUCACCAAGCUAGGCAGGAGCUUUACACGUGCGCGAGAGUACGACGCUAUGGGUUCAGAUACGCGCUUCGUGCAAUGUCCAGAAGGAGAAUUGCAGAGGCGCAAAGAUGUGGUGCACACAGUCAGCCUGCACGAGAUCGACGUCAUCAACUCUCGAACUCAAGGCUUCCUGGCGCUUUUUGCUGGUGACACCGGAGAGAUCAAGCCCGAGCUUCGCGAUCAGAUCAACGUCAAGGUCGGCGAGUGGCGCGAAGAGGGCAAGGCUGACAUUGUUCCAGGUGUGCUGUUCAUCGACGAGAUUCACAUGCUCGACGUCGAAUGCUUCUCUUUCCUGAACAGGGCCCUCGAAUCGGACCUCGCACCUCUGGUCAUCAUGGCCUCUAACCGAGGCCUGACACGAGUUCGUGGGACUCGUUAUCGCAGUCCACACGGAGUGCCCAUCGACCUGUUGGAUCGCGCCCUGAUCAUUCAAACCAAGCCUUACUCUGCUGAAGAGAUCAAGGAGAUUCUCAAUAUCAGAGCGAGCGAAGAGGAUGUCGACUUGGAGCAGGAAGCUUUGUCGGUGCUUACGAGGAUCGGCGGAGAGACUAGCCUGAGGUACGCACAGCUCCUCAUCACGACCGCCAGCUUGGCAGCUCGCAGACGUAAAGCUGCUCGAGUGGAGGUUACAGACGUGCGCAGAGUGUACUCGCUCUUCAUCGACGAAAGACGAUCGACAACAUACCUGGAAGAGCACGCUCGAGAGUUUAUGGGUGACGUCGACUUUGAAGAAGGCAGCACCACCGCAGCUGCCGUGCCCAUGGAGACCAGUGCCUGACUGUCGUUGACGUGCCCCAAGAAAAUCGAUGAUUUGACAACAUGCAUAAACAGUGUUCGCGGUGCGAACUAUUGCAAUCAUUU